AUGUCUUCUGCGAACUUUGUGUCGCCGACUCCCUCGACCACCACGCCGACAUGGCACCAGUUCGAGCGGAAGAUGGAGGAGGUGAAGCCAUCGAAAAUUGACAUCAAUGAUCUAGUAAUGGACUACCUGGUCACCAACGGUUAUCCUGCUGCCGCAAAGAAAUUUGCAGCAGAGGCCAAUAUUCAGCCAAAGGCGGAUUUCGAUUCGAUCGAGGAGCGAGUUGAGAUCCGUACUGCAAUCCAUGCUGGCAAUGUCCAGACUGCGAUUGAGAAGAUCAACGAGUUGAACCCUCAGAUCUUGGAUGAUGAUCCCUCCUUGCAUUUUUCCCUCUUGCGGCUUCAGCUCAUUGAACUGAUCCGCUCCUGCACUUCCGCUCCUGACGGAGAUAUUAGUCCAGCCCUGGAAUUUGCGACUUCGCAACUAGCACCCCGUGCUCCUACAAACGCACAGUUUCUGGAUGACCUGGAACGCACGCUGGCGUUGCUGAUUUUUCCCUCGGAGAACCUGGCGCCGUCUCUGGCGCCGCUGCUGCACCCAGACCUUCGUAAAGAAAUCGCCACCAACGUCAAUGAAGCCAUCUUGCAGAGUCAAGGUGCCCGUAAAGAAGCUCGGCUUCGUAACCUUGUCAAGCUACGCGCUUGGGCCGAGCAAAAGGCCCGGCAGAGCAAUAAAAAGGAUAUCCCUGACAAGCUCGACCUCGGCCUUGUCAGCGAUGGUAAAAAUGAUGUCUUGGGCUCGUCGAGCUUCCCCCACAACAACAGCUCCGGCCACGAUACCGUCAUGACCAACAACGGCGAUAUCGACCCAAUGAUCUCCUGA